GACUACGUGAAGAUUGGGGCUCAGGAUCUUGAAUCCUCGUUAUAGACCGCUGGCGUGUUUGUUCUGUCUGGCUCGUUAUUUUGUACUCGACGUGCUCUACAUAACCAAUUCUGGCUACCAAGAGAAAUAAAUUUUCAAAAACUUAAUGAACUUGGAAGCCUUGCUUGAUCAACAAAUCAUGAACAAGCUAAGAUUUCACAGAAUGUUUCAUUAGAAAAAUACCAAUAUGCUUCCAAGCUUCAAUUUUAGUAAUGAGUAAAAGCGACUUAUGCACCACGUUUGAAACAGAGCCAACGCCACUGAGAGGUCAACGGGAAGAGUUUUGCGAGCUCUAGCUGGGCUUAUGUAUGGGAGUAUCAGUGUCAAGUUGAUGCGAGGGUAAUUUCAAUCUGCUGUGUGUGAGCGGUGACGAUUCUCUCCCCUUGCGGAGGUCGCAUCGUCGGCGCGGAGGUUUGAGAACUUUUUUCACUACAAGAACGGUUUCAGUUCUAAGUUUUGGGCAGUAAACGGGCUCAGAGAAGCCACUAGGCGUGCUAGCAGUUAGAUCUCCACUCCCUCGCAGGAAAGGCAGAGGUAAUUGGCACGACAGAAGGGAUUCACAUAAGAAGGCUGUGCUGGUCGCAUUCGUUGAAGCUACCACAAGAGCUCGUCGUCGUCGUCGUCGCGUGAGUCGUACCAGGUCUGGUGCUGAACCUUCAAGCCGCCUUCCGCUGUCCUUCGCCAGAACAAAAGCAAAGCGGUGUAGGUGGCAAUUGCAACUGCGCGUUGUUGCACCAGUACGGCAUCUAUCUCGUGAUUUUCAUAUGUUUGGAAAAGGACAAAGAUAGUUGCAAUGUCGCCGGCUUUCGUUACUCAACCAACCACCUUUUAUCGUGGACAAACGGACUUCAUAUUUAGAAAUUCGGGCAGAAGGUGCAACAACGACGCAUUGUUCCAUACCGAAUCGGGAUCAUUAAGUUUGCAUUAUCAAUCUCUGAAACGGGAUGGCGCAUCACAAGCUCUAUCAUUUGAAAAGCAGAAAAGGAUCGGAAGGGAAUCACGCUUCAAGCGAUUACCCAUUGGCACUCACGUUGUGGCACCUGCUACUGUUGGCGAUGGAAGUGCAGACAGUAAUAUCAAAUCUCAUUUGAAAGCUCCGAUGCACGGUAACGAGAAAAAAGCUUCUCGCAGGCUUCAAGUAGUAAGCAAUGCCACGCCCGUGGCUGUGGGAUCAGCCACUGGUCUGUUGAUCCCGUUACCUACAGUGGACAGUGAUCAUGGGAAUCAUGAGGGUGUGGAUACAAACCUAUUCAACCAAAUGCUAAUUCAGAAAAAAGUGGUUCCUUUGAAGAGAACCGAAGGCAACCGAGUUGUUGAAACAGAGGAGGAGGAGGAGGAGGAGGAGGAGGAGCAAGAGAUUGCUAUCGUUGAGAAAAACUUACAGAGCUUUGAGAAUUCCACUGCUGCAACUGCAUUUCUAUUGUUCAGUUCGGCAGCCAAGUACGAAAGUAUGCUUGUAGACUUCCUCGACCAGCUGGAAGGCAUUAGGCUACACGCUUUGGCAUUGGAACAGCGGUACGCUACACAGCUAGAGAAGAUUCAUCGGCAUUAUUAUGCUAGUGAAAGAAAUUUGCUUCAUUACAUGGGAUUCCGAUCCCUGGAUGUUGCGAACCUACAAGAAGGACUCGCAUCUUCUGGACUCUCUGGUUUGGAGGGUUGCGAAGCUCACACAUUGGCAAGCCUAAAUACACUCGGCACAAUUCUCUUUUCACUGCUCACCAACUCGCAGAAUAACUGCUCAUGUUUAGAUGGCGAAACUAGACGCAGAUGCAUUCCGUCUGUAUCAAUUCCAGAAUGGCAAAGUGUUGUUCAAAAUAAAGGGACUUCUGCAACGGACGUGGUGCUGAACGGGACCGAACACAUUUCUUACGAAGCUGGAAACUUCAUGUUGUCCAAGCAUGCGGAAGCUCUUCUAGGGUCAUCGCCUCCAGAACGGAAUACAGUGAUUAUGGUCACUCUUCCUUCAGAAGCAGCUGAAGACGAUAAACUCAUCCGUCACCUGCUGCUGUCAGGUAUGAAUGUUGCCAGGAUCAAUUGUGCGCACGACAGUCCAGAGGUUUGGAAGAAAAUGGUUCAAAAAGUCCGCUUCUUUGCUGAGCUUCUAGAAAUGCCAUGCCGUGUCAGUUUCGAUCUUACUCGACCAAAGCUCCGAACUGGUCCCAUGCAACCUGGCCCAUCUGUUCUUAAAAUCAAGCCGACUAAAGACAGCCUCGGUCAUGUCGUUGCCCCAGCAUGUGUCUGGAUUGCGGAGGAAGGAGUGAGACCUUCCGGUCAAAGGAUUCCGGAUGUGUGCGUGCCAAUCAUUCCAAGCCCUGGGUGGACGAAGAAAAUCCAAAGUGGUGAUGCAAUAAAGUUCAAAGACGCAAGAGGACGGUCUCGGGAGCUUCGUGUAAUGGAGAAAGGAAGUGAUCCAUCGAGGGCCGGUAUAUUUGCAGAGUGCAGGGCCGUUUCCUACAUUGAGCCUGGAUGUGCAUUAACUGUUUUGGGAUACGAUGGCCAGAGACUCAACUUGAACGUUGGGCAGCUACCAGAAGUGGAGCAGGCCAUACUCCUUCGACCCGGCGACAAGCUUCUGUUGAAAAGAGACCAUGUUUUAGGAAGUCCGGCCCAAGUGGACAAAGCAGGGAAAGUGGUGGUGCCGGCGUCUGUGACAUGCACGCUCGACAAGGUCUUCGACGUUGCUAAACUCGGACAGCCUGUGAAAUUUGACGACGGCAAAAUUGGAGGCGUAAUCGGCAGCGUGUCACCUUCCGAGAUCUGCGUUACGAUCACAGAAGCUGGUGGUCAUAAGGGGAGGAAAUUGAAGGGUGAGAAGGCGAUCAAUUUUCCAGAGAGCGACUUGUCUUUGAAUGGGCUCACCGUAAAAGACGCCGAGGAUUUAGAUUUUGUUGUUGCAAAUGCCGACAUGUUGGCAUUGUCCUUCGUCAACGGUCCGGCAGAUGUACGCGCCCUUCAGGACGAGCUUGCAAGACGAGGUGCAGACGAGAUCGGCAUUGUGGUCAAAAUCGAGACCGAGUUAGGAUUUCAGAGCCUACCUUCGAUUCUCCUGCAGACGAUGGUGACGAUGAAUCCCGUGGGCGUUAUGGUGGCUCGAGGCGACAUGGCAGUGGAGUGCGGGUGGCAACGCCUCGCUGAAAUACAGGACCAAAUUCUGUUGCUUUGCGAAGCUGCUCAUGUGCCCACAAUCUGGGCCACACAGGUCCUGGAGGAAUUAGCGAAAUCUGGCUUGCCUUCUCGGGCUGAAAUCACGGACGCUGCAUCAGGUUCCAGGGCGGAGUGCGUGAUGCUAAAUAAGGGCCCUUACAUUCUGCAAGCUGUGGCCAGUUUAGAUGACAUCCUCCGCAGGGAAGCGAGUCGGAGGAGGAAAAACCGAUGGAGAAUGCAUCCGUUGCAGAAUCUUGGCAACCUCGACAUGUAAGGCUCCGUUCAUGCGGUCCAAGCGCAGCAAUGGAUGAGAUGUGGGCUUUGAUCCGGCGUGGCGAUGCUUCGGGAGAUGCUGGCGUGGAUCCCGAUGCGCCGUGCCUUGUGUAGUUCAUGCUUUUGUACAUACCACACGCUGAAUGCAAGCUCGUGAGAGGACCCCAUGCGACUGACUCUCUCCAUUCGCUGUAGUUAAGUGGAUUCUCGCGCAGUUGUGAAGAGUGAUUCCCGCGUGCUCUGGUUGCUUUUCAGCAGAGCUUCCAGAGUUGGAAACAAUACAGACCUUACUCCGUGCUGGUGGGGAGGUUCACCCUUAGCACCAUUCAUUCAUUCAUUUUUCUGGCUACCUGCCAAUCUUAACUUAAUUCGCAAGAUUGAGUACAGUU